AUGUGCCCGUGCCCCCUGCACCGCGGCCGCGGCCCCCCGGCCGUGUGCGCCUGCAGCGCGGGUCGCCUGGGGCUGCGCUCGUCCGCCGCGCAGCUCACCGCCGCCCGGCUCAAGGCGCUAGGCGACGAGCUGCACCAGCGCACCAUGUGGCGGCGCCGCGCGCGGAGCCGGAGGGCGCCGGCGCCCGGCGCGCUCCCCACCUACUGGCCCUGGCUGUGCGCGGCCGCGCAGGUGGCGGCGCUGGCGGCCUGGCUGCUCGGCAGGCGGAACUUGUAGGAACGCCGGGCUUCUUGGUGGGGCCGGAGCCGAGAUCCAGCCGGAGCGAGCAACAGGUUGGUGAAAACCCUGUGUCCUUGGAGAAAGCUGGUUCCCGUUUUCCAGAGGGGGAGCCCAGAGCUUGAAAGGCCACGGUUGGCACUUCGAGAAGGAAGUGGAGAGUAAAGACAGCACCUGGAGCGAUCGUAGAAACACAGAAUGGGACUGGGGAAGCCCUUUGGAAAUCCAGCUGCAGAAACAGACACCCCAAUGCUAUUUACAUACAGCUCUAUAUAUAUAAAAAAAAGAAAAUAUGAAUAUUACGUAUCAGUGCAUGCCUUGUUGAGGACGUGGUUGCCUUCCUUUUCUGCACCUUGCGAUGUGAACUUUGAUAUUCUGUAAUGUCUGGGGCGCCAGAAGAGAGAUGCCUGCUGUGUACUUAGAAACUAUUUGCAAAGACUGGUGGGAAUUAGCCCCAGCAUCGGCCAA